AUACAAGCGUGUUUGGAUGGAGCGGAGCGCACUCGGCUGUGUUGACACCGGACGGAUAUGAGGCGAUGUUCUGGCGUGUAAAAGCGCCUGCAGCCGUCUGUAAGAAGGUACGGAGAGAUUUCGCUUUGGAUGAGAGAUUAGGAGGAAGAGAGGAGGGAGAGCAGGAGGAGGAGGAGGAGGAGGAGGAGCAGCAGCAGCGAGCAUCCAAAAAAUAAAAAAUAAAAAAUAAAUACGGUAUCGUGUGGAUCAUCUUUGUGGCACAGGCCCGUCGAGUGCCAGUGGAAGCCAGGGACUGGAUUUGGAAGGUCGCAGGGAUGCAGUGAAAGCUUGACUAUGAAAGGAGGAAGAGGAGGAGAGAGGUGGAGUGAGCCCUUCCUGGUCCGGAGAAAAUGUUAAUUUGACUCUUGCAAAAUCAGGUACCCAUAUAUGCAGCGACUUGUGUGGUAAGGAGGUGAUGGAAAUGCAGACUGAGCUUCACCACUACAGUGACCCCCUCCUCCAGAUGGACCCCCGCCUCCUGUACACCUGAGCCUGCCCUCAGCUCUGCCUCCUUCCCCUCCUCUCCCUCUGCCUCUCCUUGUACAUCUCCCACCUCCUCCUCCGCCCUCCUCAUCCAGAUCUCACUUAUUUUUCCCCUCCUAUCUAUCCCUCCAAUUUACCCUUGUGGGAUUUCACUGCUUUAUAAUCCUACUUAUUAUGGCGGGCUGCGGUCGCUCCUUGGACUCCCCCUGCACACUAGCCUUGCUGGUGGGCUUCCAGUUUGCCUUUGUGCUCUAUUUCUCCCUGGGGGGCUUCAAAGGUCUGGUGUCUGUCCUGGUGCACACCACAGAACCAGAGUUCGAUUACUCUCGGCCACAUGACGUCUACACUAACCUCAGUCAUCUGGGUGUUCCGCCUCCUCCUCCACGUAAUUCUGGUACUGGACCCCCUGCAACAGGACCACCUCUGAAGGACUGCCAGAUCCCCUCCCCACUCUUGGUCGGACCUGUGUCUGUCCAUCUGUCCUCUCCUCUGUCUCUGGAGGAGAUCAGACAGAGGAAUCCACUAGUGCUGCCAGGUGGACGUUACCGGCCUCCAGACUGUGAACCCCGCCACCACACAGCCAUAGUGGUCCCAUACCGGAACAGGCAGACCCACCUGCGAGCCCUGCUUUACCAUCUCCACCCCUUCCUCCAGAGGCAGCAGAUCCAUUACAGCAUCUACAUAGUGCAGCAGUGGGGGAACAGUACUUUUAACCGAGCCAAACUGCUGAAUGUCGGCGUACGGGAGGCGCUCAGAGAUGAAGACUGGAGCUGCAUCUUUCUUCACGAUGUGGAUCUGUUACCCGAGAAUGAUCACAACACCUAUACCUGCCACAAACAGUUCCCCACACACCUGUCUGUGGCCAUGGACAAGUUCAGAUACAGGCUGCCGUACCCACAGUAUUUCGGUGGGGUGUCAGCUGUGACUCCAGAUCAGUACAUGAAGAUGAAUGGCUUUCCUAACCAGUACUGGGGUUGGGGUGGAGAGGAUGAUGACAUCGCUGCCAGAGUACGCCUGUCUGGUAUGAAGAUUGUACGCCCUCCAGUGGCCAUCGGUCAUUACAAGAUGAUAAAGCAUAAAGGAGACAGAGGCAACGAGCAAAAUCCACGCAGAUUUGAUCUCCUGAAAAGGACCAGACUCAACUGGCGCUCCGAUGGCCUUAACUCUCUGACGUAUGAGCUCCUUUCCAAGGAACUGCAACCUCUCUACACCAACCUGACCGUCAACAUUGGAGAGGACCCCCAUGUGCCCCAGGGGAAAGCAAUGGUGUCGGUUAAAAUGGCACCACUUACCCAACAAAACACCAACAAGAACGGAGCUGAACAGGAGAAGAGAAAAGAGAGCAACAGAGCUGCAGCAAAUAUGACUGUAGCCAAACCAGUUGACAAAAAGACAGAACCAACACAGGCAAAGGCAGCAAAUCAAACGACACAGGAGAAGACAGGAGUAAUGAAAUAGGAUGAGAUUAUAAAGAGGAAGUGCAUCACAUCUGUAGUAUAAAGUGGCUUCUCCAUUUAUUUUGUCCUGAAUGAUGUACAUCUGCUCAGCCAGUUUUUACAUCAUGCUAUGAAUUAAAUGACGUUGCAGUUGUCCGCAGGGGUGCGUUCAGGAACACAUCCGAGUCACGUAUUCUUCGUUUCUCAUCCGCUGAAUGCGACUCCGGGUCAGAUGUGUGUGGUCAUACUCAGUGACCGACUCAGUCAUAUCCACGUAGACGGUCCCGACAAACUAAAAACGAGCACGGGACAGCAAAUAUAUAAAUCUCUGCUCUUUUUUCAGACAUCGCAAGUUGUAAACAACACAUCUGCUGCCAGCGGACCUGCAGCUUCAUCCAGUCUGCUCCCAAAAAACUGCUGCUGUCAGUCCACCCCACUCCACUGUGGGUUUGUGUUUCUGUGCCUUCUCUCUUUUAUGCGCGUUUUAUAGACUGAUAGAGUUGCUUUUACAAACUGAACUGGGGGUUAAUUUUACCUCUGCUGCCCCAAAGAAAAAAGAUAGAAAGCAAGGAGGCUAAAUACGAUCUCAGAUCAGAGUAAACAAGUUGCUCCAGGACUGCCGUUUUAUAUUUGUGUGCAUCGAUUAAGCGCUGACCAACUCCAACUCGCUGAAUUCUAGAGUUUAUAUUUAUAUAGAGAGACUUCUUUAUUUGUUUACUGUUUUGUUUGAACUUGUCCUUCCUUACAGUCUGGUGCCUCUUAAUUUUAGUUUCUAGACAAUCAAAUCAUACUGUUUCCACCCACAUUUCGAAGUAAGGAAAUAUCAUCAUGACUAUCUUUACGCCUGUCAGAUAUCCAUAGACUUGGCAUGAUAAUUGUUGUCUAGUCUGACUAUUACUCUCAAUACAUGGAUAGAAAUAUGCUUCUGGUAUUAUCUGUGAUUUUCAGUUUUUUUUUUUUUCUUUUAGAUUAGUCAGAUAUGGAAAAAUAUAACUGCAUACGAUAUUGUAGGCACUUGACUGCACAUUUGCCAGUUUCAGAUUGUGUUAAAUAUCAAAAGUGGUCAUAGUUACAAUAAAGCACUGUGCAUAGAGUUAGGUCAGCUUUUAACUAGGAGGCAGACGUCUUUACAGAUGGCCUUUCAGUAUAAUGCAAAACAGCCCAAUGUAUCUAAAUGUCACUCACUAGAACAAAUCUUUUGUGUCUUGGUUGAAGUAAGGAAACGAGAUUGAAAAUGAAUCCUAUCUUGUGAGGGCUGCUGUAUCAGGACAUACAUAUACCGUAGGUGUUGACAGAUCUGUCAUUGUAUACUCGUAUAAUCUAAAAUUCACAUCAUCUGUCAGAUAUUCUUCUUUUCCAUAUCAUUUGGAAUGUAUUAUUGUGAGUUGUCAUUCUAGUUUACCCUGUGCAAAGUGAGAGUUUAUAAAGGGAGGUGAUUGAAUUCAGUCAUAGGAUGUAGAAUAUCCUGCUGCUAUCUGAUCUGAAAAAGGUUAUAAUUAAAUAGCUUGAAAAAUGACAAACUUUAACACAGAUGAUAUGGUGUGGAAUUGUGUUUCAUUAUGCUAAUAUGUAUGUAUGACUUAGGCUCAUCUGAAUGUACUUCAUUUACUGUUUUAUUUAUGAAGUCAAUGAGAGACUGUUUUUGCUGUGCAUAUGUUGUAGGAAUUGAAACCUUUUACUCCAUCAUCCCUUUACCUCCAUAAUCUGUAUUUUAACAUUGUGCCUCAUCAAGACAGACCAUAUUGAACAUUAUCAAUGGGAGGUGUGUGGGUGCCCUCAAGUGGCACAGUCUGAAAUAGGUCCGGCCAAGAAAAUACAAGGACUGAUUGAGACUGCAGUGUUGUGACAUGAAUGUUAAUUACCAACAUCAGCCAUUCACAGGUUUCAGCCAAUCACAUCUUUGCAUUGCUCUGUGUGGAGGAUUUUUGGUUUGCGUAGAAUCACAUGAUGAUGCCAGCUUAAAGGAGUACAGCGACUCUAAAUUCUACUUGUUGUUAUAGAAUCAAAACUAUAUGGGGAGUGUUUUAUGAAUGGAUAUAGUUUUAUAGAAAGAAUCUACAUAUGUUUAUUUAUGAGAAUAUACUGUUUUAAACAGAUUGUCUUGACAGAUUGCAUAGAUAGACUGCAAGGCCUAAUUUCUUAGCUUUAUAUUAUAUUUAGUUGCAUAUCAAUAGAUAGUAUAUUCUCCAUUUAUCAUAUUGCCUGAGACAAUGUUUAAGAUGUAAAUGAGUGACACACUGAAAGCUUUUAAGGAUGUUAGAUCAACUCUGCUAAUAAUCUGUAAACUGUACUUAACUGGAGAGUUUUCUAUAUUUAAUGAAUGGUUAGUUUUUAUAAAGACACAGUAAAUAAGGUACAGUGAACAGGAUUGGAAUGACAUGUUAGCUUUUUUUUUUAUUUAAAGUGCUCAUCUGAUCAUGUGUUCAUUCUGUUAUUAAUGACAGUUUCAGUUUUUGACGUAAUAGUUCAGGAACACUUGACAGAAAAUAUGUGACAUUCAUGUACCCAUUGCAAGUGAAUGAUGGUUAAUGCAUAAGAUAUAAAGAAAGACCAUGAUA